UGAUGAGUUUUCGAGGGAGACGAUGAUGACAAGGCAAAGCCACGUGUUUAUAUUGACAGACCUAUCUGGUCCUCCCUUAUUCCAAUUUUGUAGAUCUGCUACUCUAAUCCCUCCCACUCUCCAACCCCAAACCCCAAUUCUAUGCUAACUCUUUCAUAUGGGAACUGCUUCAUCUAUGCUUACUCAGUAUGAUAUCGAAGAAGUGCAGGAACACUGCGACCAUUUAUUUUCGCAGCAGGAGAUAGUGUCCUUGUACCAAAGGUUUUGUCAGCUUGAUCGCAACGCUAAGGGUUUCAUCUCUUCCGAUGAGUUCCUCUCCGUCCCUGAGUUCGCCAUGAAUCCACUUUCUCAGCGGUUACUGAAGAUGGUGGAUGGUAUAAAUUUCAAGGACUUUGUGGCAUUCUUAUCUGCUUUUAGCGCUAAAGCUACUGCACAACAUAAAAUUGAACUUAUUUUCAAAGUAUAUGAUUCGGACCGUAAUGGGAAGGUGUCUUUCAAUGAUAUACUGGAAGUCCUAAAAGAUUUGUCUGGUUCAUUCAUGUCUGAUGAACAGAGAGAGCGAGUUUUGAGCCAAGUUCUCAAAGAAGCCGGAUACACAAAAGACUCCUCUUUGACAUUGGACGACUUCAUUAAGGUUCUUGGCCAAUCCGAACUAAAAAUGGAUGUUGAAAUCCCUGUCGAUUGAAAAUGGCUUGCUGUAUUCUUCACUGUUCUUGAAAGAAAAAAAUUGUAAUCUGUAUUCUGUAUUCAUGAGAUUCGUGUAAUAUAGCUCUUGUGGAAAUGGAAUUUGCACAAAUACUGUUAUCUCCUUGGGGUUCUUGACUUCUUGUAUCAUAGUUCUCUUAGGCCAAGUUAAGUUACUAACUCAGGACAGACAUACAGAGAUUCUUAGAGGCAGGCAACUGUCUUUGUAUUUUUUGUCCCGAGACACUUGUUAAGACAACCUUAGAGCCACUAGUUGAUUUCAGGUUUAUAGUUUAA